AGUCUAAUGGCAUCAGUGUUAUGGUACUACAACAGAGAUCAAAUUGAAACGGAUCCAGCGUUGAUUAAUCCACCGAUUGCUGAAAAAGAGUUGUUCGCUUCACGUCAUAUCGAUGUGGUACCACUGGACACCAUCGAGGAAAUCAUUUUCGUCAUCACAUUCAACGAAUACGCUCGGUAA